AUGUAUGACUCCGUAUUUGACAACUACAAUCUUAAUGUUGCUUUAUUCAUUUGCAUUUACUUCACAAUGAAUGAUGUGCCAUUAUACUGCAUGAAUCAGCGACCAUUGAUGCGAAAAAAACCAAAAACGUACAUAAGGCAAGAAGAUCCCACCAGCACUCGUCAAACUGAAUUACUUAUUCUUCAAGCCCAAACCAUUCUCGAGGCAUCAACUCAAGAUGGAGUUCUGAGAUAUGAGGAUUUUUCUACGAAAUUCAGCAAAGCGGUGAAAAAAAACUUCGAGGUGGAAUUUGAUCGAAUUCACACACUAUAUGGAUGGUCCUUGGCGGAUAUAGUCGGAAGAAUGACAUUCAGAAAGCACAUAUGUUCCAUAAAUGAAGAUGAAAAAGGACUGUGUUUUGAGUUCACUCUCAUCCAGCAAUUGGCGACUACGUCAUCAUCUUCCGAACUGUCGAAACAAGUUGAUCAUUCGCUAAGAGACAUUUCUACUUCAGCAGAAGUUAAUCCCGUGGUUUGUAAAGGCUUUCUGGCAAAUGCAGGAACCUCGUUCGAGAGUACUCGACUCUCAAAAAAAACCCCGGCCGAAUACUCUAUGAAGAUGAUGUCGUGGCCGUGGUUGAGCGAAAUGAAGCGGACCGAACGUCGUGAUUUGUUGCGAAAAUUCUUCGAAAGCGCUGAAAACAUCACUCAGAAUGACAUCCAUGUUCAAAGAGAAGCAAAAAACCUAGGGACAGACCUGUGGAAAGCAUCAAUUCCAAACUUCCCACACGUGAUGUGGCUUCUUCACGAGUUAUCAAAGAGAAAGCCGAACGGGUUCAAAUUCCCCAUGUUUGAAUCAGAGAUCAAUAAUGUCAUUCCAAACAGUUGGAAAUUGAUGUGGGAAGAUCUGUCAUGCGAGGAUCUCAUUCCGGAGCCUUCUACCUUAAUUCUGCUUGAUCUUAUCAUUCCGUCGGAAUUAAAUGACCCUCAGAUAGUGGAAGUGACUGAACUGGUUAACUUUAUCCGGUUCCACGAAAUUCGAGAUAAUGAGCUGUCGUUGAUUUACCACUUCGUCGAUUCUGCUCCUUCGUCAAAAAGUGCUUUGGAGGUUCACAAAUUUCUCUGUGAAACGUGCUCCGGAUGGGAAGACGAAUACAAUGAUGCAUCUGGCUUGCUGCGUGUUGAAGCCGUUUUCCAAGGAAAUAAGAAGAUGUUCCACGAUGAAAACGGCUCGUACACUACCAAACAACACCAUAACAAAAUCGCUGUACCUAUGUGUUUCCUUCCCAUCACCAAUCGCUACAAUAAUGGAAAUCGUUUUGCCGACGUUUAG